AUGUUUAAGGAAGAGGCGGCUAACCGCGCCACUCUGGGAAGCAGCUUUGAGCGCGACUGGUGUCUGGCCUUCUGCUUCCCAUCCGAGGAGCCCGUUGCCAAACCCUUUGAGGCCCGGUUGGUCGACAUGUCCGCGGAGAUCAACGAAUAUAUGGCAGUGUCCAAUGCCUACAACAUGUCGGCCCAAGUCGAGGAGGCAGACGCUGGACCGGAGUUCGACAUGAACCUGCUGCCCGCGGAGUGGCGCAACCCUUGCCACGAGGAGCUGGCCGCGCUGGCUGUUGCCGAAAUUGCCUCCUACAUUGAGACGGAGUCCAGUUCCGAUUCUGUCAUCUCUGUCAGCCCUGCCAGCCCUGCAGCGGAUGGGGCCUCGUGGAGCAAGGCCUCGUCCCCCUUCUUUGGCUUCAAGACCCGUGCAAACCCGUGA